ACAGGGCAACCCUGGCAGUAUCUGUUGUCUGUAGCAUUCGGCAUAGUUCCAGCGAAAAAACGAAAAAAAAAAUACACAAAAAUAGUUAACUCGAAACAAACAAAAUUCCAUCUAGUAAUAAAGUAGCAUGUCUGAACAGCAAGCAUCCCUACUGCUGAGGCGUCAGCUGACAGAGCUGCAUCGCAAUCCCGUUGAGGGCUUCUCCGCCGGACUGAUCAACGAUGCGGACAUCUUCAAGUGGGAGGUGGUGAUCAUUGGCCCACCGGACACACUGUACGAGGGUGGCUGCUUCAAGGCCCACCUCAUCUUUCCCAAGGAGUAUCCGCUGCGACCGCCGCGCAUGAAGUUCGUCACCGAGAUCUGGCAUCCGAAUAUCGACAAGUCCGGCGACGUGUGCAUCUCCAUUCUGCACGAGCCGGGCGACGAUAAGUGGGGCUACGAGAAGGCCGAGGAGCGCUGGCUGCCAGUGCACACCGUGGAGACCAUUCUCCUGUCGGUCAUUUCGAUGCUGACCGAUCCGAAUAGCGAGUCGGCGGCCAAUGUCGAUGCAGCCAAAGAGUAUCGCGAGGAUCAUGCCGAAUUCAGGCGCAAGGUCGCACGCUGCGUGAGACGCAGCCAGGAGGAGGUUUAGACCUGACCUCUGACACAAUGCUGGGUGCUGGUGCUGGUGCUGGUGCUGGUACUGGGUGUGGGGCAAACGAUAUGCAAGCGUUCAACAUGCAACAACAACAACAAGAACAAACCAACACACAACAAUAAAGUUUAGCGAGUUCAUAAAAA